AAAAGCAUGACAUGGGACAGUGUUGGCUGGCUGUAUCUGAAAAAGUACUAUUGUGCUGGGGGCUGGUAUGCUAUGAAUAAUGAUAAUGUACAUGUACAUGUACAGGUUUCUGUGGCUGUUGUCAAGGACUUCCAUUUGUUUAGCUGCUUGUUCAAAGGCGACACUGCCAUCUGGUGUUGUGUGUUACAACCAGCCUGGCGAAAGUUAUUGAGUAAACAGGCCAAAAUGAAGGAAGGAAGCACAACAUAAUUCAAACUUAGGCUAAAUAACUCAUACCUUCAUGUUAAGCUCUGUCUCUUAGGACGGACAUGCCGACAACAAGGGUCAGUGGCGACAUAACAAAAUUAUUCAGGUAAAAAGCGUGUACCUCUAUCGGGGAUCGGCUAGUCAUUAUUGGACACAUUCAACCGCCAGACCAGAGCAGUCGAUCGUGGAGGAUGUGUUGACAGUCUGCAGGGCGACGGAAGUUGCCUGCAUCCUCAUCAGUAAACUUAUGGGUGUGUUUCAUGCUGACACCCACUAGAGAGGAGGGUUUGGGAAUACUGGCCUCCAUGUUAGCACAGACCUGCCCCAGCUGCUAUGUCCUCCACCUCCAUGUCAGCAUCCACUGGUUGUGGUGGUGCUGUCAUGGCAACCCAGGCGUCGGAGCAGGCUCUGCUGGCCUCAGAUCGCUACGCCAGACUCAUCCUGGCCCAGAUGAACAAGAUGCGGCUCCGCACAGAUUUCUGUGAUGUGGGUCUGAAGGUGGGCAGCCGGGUCUUCAUGGUCCACCGCCUGGUGCUCGCUGCUAGCAGCCCUUACUUCUCCGCUCUGUUCUCCGGGGGGAUGAGGGAGGCGGAUAAAAAGGAGGUGCAGAUCCUCGGACUGGAGACUCAAGUGUUUGAGAUUCUCCUGGACUUCAUAUACACAGGCGUGAUCAGUGUGACGGUGGAGAACGUCCAGGAGCUGAUGGUGGCGGCGGACAUGCUGCAGCUGAACGAGGUGGUGUCCAUCUGCGGAGGGUUCCUCAAGGGCCACAUGGACCCGUCCAACUGUGUGGGCAUCUUUCAGUUCCUGGAGCAGAUCGCCUGCAUGGAGAUGCUGGAGUUCACAGAGAACUACAUUCAGGUUCACUUUCUGGAGGUGUGUGUGACCGAUGAGUUCAGGGGCCUGUCGAAGGAUCAGCUGGUGAGGCUCCUAAGAAGUGAAGAGCUGAGGAUCGAGGAUGAGUACCAGGUGUUCACGGCAGCCAUGGACUGGGUCCUCCAAGACAUGGCAAAGAGGAAAAAACACGUAGUGGAGGUGUUGGAGCCGGUGCGCUUCCCUCUGCUCUCCCCACAGAGACUGUUCAAGUACAUCGAGGGUAUUACCGACUUCAGCCUGCGGGUGGCACUGCAGACUCUUCUUAAGGAAUACACUGAAGUCACAAAGUCUCCCAAAGAGAAUAAGAUGUACAGCCAGCUCCAACCAGCCAAGAUGAGACCCAGAAGAAAAGCCAGAAAAUACCUCUAUGCUAUAGGGGGCUACACUCGGCUGCAGGGCGGCCGCUGGAGUGACAGCCGCGCGUUGAGUUGUGUGGAGCGCUUCGACACCUUCAACCAGUACUGGACCACGGUGUCGUCCCUGCAUCAGGCCCGCAGCGGGCUGGGGGUCGCCGUGUUGGAGGGCAUGAUCUACGUGGUGGGAGGGGAGAAAGACUCGAUGAUCUUUGACUGCACUGAGAGGUACGACCCGGUGACUAAGCAGUGGGCCGCCGUGGCGUCUUUGAACUUCCCGCGCUGUGGGGUCGGCGUCUGCCCCUGCCACGGAGCUCUGUAUGCACUUGGUGGUUGGAUUGGCUCGGAGAUCGGGAAGACGAUGGAGCGAUACGACCCGGAGGAGAACCGGUGGGAGGUGAUCGGAAGCAUGGCCGUCCCUCGGUACUACUUCGGCUGCUGUGAGCUACAAGGCUUUAUUUACGUGAUUGGAGGCAUCAGUGACGAGGGAAUGGAGCUGCGUUCAGCCGAGGUGUAUGAUCCCAUCUCUCGCCGAUGGAGCGCUCUCCCCGUCAUGGUCACGCGUCGGGCCUACGUGGGCGUCGCCUGCCUCAAUAACUGCAUUUACGCCGUGGGUGGCUGGAACGAGGCGCUGGGGGCACUGGACACGGUGGAGAAGUACUGUCCAGAAGAGGAGAAAUGGAUGGAGGUGGCGUCGAUGUCCACUGCUCGUGCCGGCGUUUCAGUGUCAGCGGUCAACGGGAUGCUGUACGCCGUCGGGGGCAGGGCGGCCAGCAGAGACUUCUCCGCCCCGGUGACGGUGGACUCGGUGGAAAUCUACGACCCUCACCUGGAUACCUGGAUGGAAGUGGGCAACAUGAUCACCAGCCGCUGUGACGGAGGGCUGGCUGUGCUUUGAGAAGCUAAACAUUUUCAAACUGUGAACAGCCAUGUCUCCUACAAACAGCAUAAACUGAAGAAAAGCGGCACCUUAAAGGUCACAUGUCAUGCUUUUCUGGUUAUUACCCGUCCCCUUGUGUGUUAUGAAGGUUUUUAUGCAUGUAAACGGUGUGCAGAGUCAAAACCCUCAAAGUACACCCUGUAGCGAGUAAAACUCUAAAACAGAAAAUACCUCCCCAAAACGCCUCGUUGGAGAUACGUCACUGUCCAUUUGAUUCUUCCGGGUA